UACGGCAGACACUCCUGUUGAGAAUCUAUUUUCUAAAUACCAGAAAAAUUUCCCUACCCCCGGGUUACUAGAGGCUCUAGAAACAAGGGCGGGGACGCGGGGCGGUUUCCCGCCUUUUCCGGUCUGUUCCAAACGAGGUCCGCCCACUUGUUACUUAAGAGGCUGCAGCGGGCGGUGUGGGGACAAACGGCGCAGAGUCUCCUCGUCCGUCAUGUCUGGUCGCGGCAAAGGCGGGAAGGGCCUCGGGAAGGGCGGCGCCAAGCGCCACCGCAAGGUGCUGCGCGACAACAUCCAGGGCAUCACCAAGCCCGCCAUCCGGCGCCUGGCGCGGCGCGGCGGCGUCAAGCGCAUCUCCGGGCUCAUCUACGAGGAGACCCGCGGGGUGCUCAAGGUGUUCCUGGAGAACGUGAUCCGCGACGCCGUCACCUACACGGAGCACGCCAAGCGCAAGACGGUCACGGCCAUGGACGUGGUCUACGCGCUCAAGCGCCAGGGCCGCACCCUCUACGGCUUCGGCGGCUGAGCCCCCGCGUCCACCAGCCAAACAUUUUCACCACCAAAGGCCCUUUUCAGGGCCAC